AUGGCACCCGCUAGUGACCCUGACCGGGUUGCCAGCAUCAUGCUAUCCUGGCACUCGCUCGAGCUCAUCUCAUGCACCACCCUACAGACCCUAUGGGCAGGUUACGGACAGAUCUGCGCCGUCACCGCCCGAGCUCUCACCAACGAAGCAGCGAAGCAUCUCAGCGCACUUUGCGGUGUAGAGCCUGGAGCCGCCGGGACCACGUACCCUCUCAUCCUCAAGCUCAUCUCACCCCCAAGGCAGAGCGGCAGCACUGAGGUUGAGGAUGAGGGCCACCUGCGAAAGAUGCUGAGCUAUGAAGUGGAGCAAUACUUCUACAGCGAUGUGGUCCCGCGCCUGGGUGACGAGGUCGCCGUUGCUAAAUGCCUUGCCUCGACGCGAGGGCUGUGCGGCGAGCAGCAUGGCGAAGAGGAACUCCGCGGUUUGAUGGCUACCAUCAUGGUUGAUCUGCGUGUGAAAUUUCCAGUCGCGGGCGAGAAGAGGAGCGUGCUGAAUAGCGCACAGGUGCAUGGGGCGCUGGAUUGGUUGGCAGGUUUCCAUAGCUGCUCAUGGGGUCUACUGCUGCCAGAUAGUCUGGAGGAAUAUGUCUUACCGCCGCUUGAAGAGUCUGCCAGAAGACGGCGUGCAGGCAAGGAAGAUACUACCAUUGGGAGUCGACUGUGGCUUAACGGCGGGUACACGUACCUCGCGACACGACGUACAGAGUACGCCUCUCUGGCUCAGGACAUCCGCUCGGAGUGGUGCGAAGCCCUGUGCAGUCCGGCUUCAGAAGGCUCCUCCUUCUCCUCACUAUCUAUCGCCGAGAUGGCUGCAUUAUUCUUGACGCCCCGCAGAAGACCCAUUGAGUCGUAUAUCCACGGCGACGUCAAGUCAGAGAAUCUCUUCACAACAACGAAUGGAGAACAGGUGGCGUUCUUUGACUUCCAGUACGUGGGCCUCGGUCUCGGAGUCUGCGACCUUGCCAAACUGUUUACGUGCUCGGUUCCUCUGCAUAUGCUUGUUGAUGAUGCUUGGCGUGAGCAUGAGCCUUUACCCGAGAAGCUAACGAUGCGUGAGGGUGAGAGAGGUCUUCUAGCGCGGUACCGCGCACAUCUCCUCCGGAAUCAAGAAGAGAGCAAGUAUGAAUGGGAUACGUUCAGGCGGCAUUGGGAGACGGCCCUCGUUGACUGGUGUCGAUUCCAGGCCUCCUGGGGCUUCUGGGGGAAUACAGAGUGGCUUGAGGCCCGUGUGAGAUCUAUAUUGAGUAACCAGGGGUGGAGGGACUGGCUGCAGCAGAAUAUUAGCAGUCGGGAUGGUUGA